CGGGGCGGGGACGCGGCGUCGCCGUCGCCCGCGGGUCCCGUGACCGUGCGCCCCGCCCGGAGCCGCCGCGGUCAUGCAGUCCCCGGCAGUGCUCGUCACCUCCAGGCGAGUUCAGAAUGUGCACACGGGCCUCGACCUGACCGUGCCUCAGCACCAGGAGGUGCGGGGCAAAAUGCUGUCCGGCCACGUGGAGUACCAGAUCCUGGUGGUCACCCGGCUGGCCGCGUUCAAGUCAGCCAAGCACAGGCCUGAGGAUGUCGUCCAGUUUUUGGUCUCCAAAAAGUACAGUGAGAUCGAGGAGUUCUACCAGAAACUGAGCAACCGCUAUCCCACGGCCAGCCUUCCCCCGCUCCCCAGGAAGGUCCUGUUCGUUGGGGAGUCCGACAUCCGGGAAAGAAGAGCCGUGUUCAAUGAGAUUCUGCGCUGUGUCUCGAAGGAUGCCGACUUGGCUGGAAGCCCAGAGCUGCUAGAAUUCUUAGGCACCAGAUCCCCAGGGGCUGCAGACCUUACCAGCAGGGAUGUCUCUGUCCUGGAUACACACAGCCAGGCCCAGGAAGACGGUGAGGCUUUCGACUUCUUCGAGCAGCAGGACCGAGCAGAGCCUGAGGCUCUGCCCAUCCCAGGCCAGAAGGGCGAGGAAGCGGGAAAAUCCUCCGAGGAAGAAGAGGAGGAGGCACUGGAUCCCCUGGGCAUCAUGCGCUCUAAGAAGUCCAAGAAACGCCCUGAAGCGGCUGUGAAGCCCAAACCCUCACCGCGACUCACCAUUUUUGAUGAGGAGGUGGACCCUGAUGAGGGGCUCUUCAGCUCAAGCUCGAAGCUCUCCCCACAGCGCCCCACAGAGGACGUGCCCCUCCAGGACCCCCUGAAGUUGUUUGAAGACCCUGACCUCGGCGGUGCCGUCCCUCUAGGUGACCCCUUGCUACUGCCUGCUGCCCGUGAGAGCGGAGUGCCUGUGUCCCACGCAGAGCUGUUCAGAGUUGAAGAGGACUUGGACCAGAUUCUGAACCUGGGGGCUGAACCCACAGCCAAGCCCCAGCCCAAGCCCAAGCCACCAGUGGCCGCUAAGCCAGCACUUCCCCGAAAGCCAGCCGUGCCCCACCCAGCGGGCCCGCCAGAGGCGGUAGCGGCGCCACGGAAGCCGCAGCAGCAGAUUCAAGCCAUGGACGAAAUGGACAUCCUCCAGUACAUCCGGGACCACGAUGCGCCGAGCCAGGCCACCCCCAGCCUCUUCUGACCCUCGCACCCCUGGACUGGCCCUGGGCUGGCAGAGCCUCUCGCCAAAGGGAUGUGCACCGAGGGAGGCACCGUGCCCCGCGGGACCAGGACCUCUGCUGCCAGGGGAGGGGGUAGACGCCCAGGUCAUAGGACCCUGUACUACCUUGGUAUUUUGUUUUGUUUUAUUUGCCUGUGGGGUCAGAGAACCCUGCAGGGCACAGAAAGAGGGAUUCCCCACAGCAACUGGGGUCAGAUGGUCUCAGCCACGUGGGUGUGGAGGGGGAGCGUGUGGGGUGCCUUGCUAGCCAGGAGCUCGACCCCUUGGAUGAAGCUGAGGCCGCGGAGCCCCAGGGUGCCUUACUCAGGGCGGGGAAACUUGGUGUCCAUCGAUGUCUGCUGCAGGGUAGGGAGGGUCUGCAAGCCUGGGAGAAGGAGUGGAGUCCCUGGGCAGUGUGGCUCCUGGGGACCUGCAGACUCCAACAGGGUCCCCGGGGGACAGAUGCAGAGUGGGUGCCCGGGAGAGCCUGGUUGGGUGGCGUGUUCCUGUGCAGCCUCUGGUCCCCAGGGGCUAAGCGGAGUGCUUUCCCAUGUGUCCAACUCGAGGGAGACAUGAGGCCCAGUGCCUGUCUCUUUUGGGUGUGGACGGCCUGACAAGCCCCUGGUCUUCCUCCCUCCUUUCCCAGGGAAUGCCAUGGCCAGUGUCCACCCUUGCAGCUCUGAGCAGAGGGGUCAUGGCACCCUCCAGAACACUGCCUGGCCUGAGGCUGGGGCAUCCCUCCUACUCGCGGUGGGCCUAGGCAGCAUACUCUUAGCUGCUGCUUCAAGUACUUUGUCCAGCGGUGGGUGCUGCCAGGCCUCCCCUGUCCCCCAGAUCUGGACAUGCUCACCAGCCUCUAGGCAGCGGGGACCGCCUCUCCGGGGAGAAGGAGCCCUGUGCCAGAGCAGGGCCAGUGCCUUAGACUUGCCCCCCGCCCCCACACCCCUGCACACGGGGCGGGCAUGGUGCAGUGCUCAGGAAAUUCAGUGAACGGUGUUGAAUAGAGCAAAGAGUAUCUUUUUUUAAAAUAUAUUCUUCAUGUUCCGAACUAGUUUUUAUUGAGACGGUUUUUAAUGAAAUGCAACCCCUGUUGUCCCUUGGCUUCUCCCGCUUAAUGGAGACCCCAGAAGGGGGUUUGGAGGUGGGACCCCAGAAGCUUUCUUGAUCGGGACCACCGGCCAGCCCUGAGGGAGGCUCCAGACCAGGCCGAUUGUUGCCCACCGUCCGUCUCUAGUGCCCUGCUCCUGCCCCGUGUCCAGACCUGUGACCCUGCGGGGCACUCCCUCUGCUCUG